GCAAUUGAGGUGAAAUGUUGCAGUUUUUGAGUAAAUCAUAUACGUGGGUUAGUAACUGAUGUAAAUCAUGUGGGCUGUUGUUAAAAUUUCGAGCGUAUUAGGCCUGGUCCAGCUAUUCUAGCUAAAUCAGGGUCCAUAAUAGACUAAUUGUGUAUAACCUCUCUUUUUAUUUAAUUUUUUUUAUUUUAUUAUUAUAAUUUUCACUCAAACCAAAUGGCACAAUAACCUCACUAUUUUUUGCCAUACUUUAUGACCCAAACUUUAGCACAGCUCAACCCAAUUUUUAAUUUUUAAAUUUUAUUUUUAACCCGGCCCAUAACCAGCUCUAACCUCGUUAAAUUAUGCGUUUAUAUACUUAACCCUUAAGGCUACUUAUACCAUUUAUAAACUCCAUUUUCAAUUUUCAAUUUUCAAUUUGGGCAAUGAUCCCAAAUGUUGACACAUCAAAAAAAAAAACAUUCCAAAAAUACAAAAAAAAUAAAAACCGGUAAAGCCUCUUUCUCUCUCCUCCCCACCUCUUCUUUCUCUCUCUAAACAAACCAAAAUCAAAACCAAAAACACAAACAACAACAUUCCCAUUCAUUCAUAAAUAUCCUUUUUACUCAACCUCACGCUUUCUUCUUCCUUAAAUUCCCUGCAAUUAAAAAAACUAAUAAAAAUUCUCUCUCAAAUGCAAAAUUUCGUGUAAUUUUUGGCGGUGAAUUUCGUAAUAAAAUUUAAAAAAAAAAUGGGGCAACAAUCUUUGAUCUAUAGUUUUGUUGCGCGAGGCACGGUAAUUUUGGCUGAAUUUACCGAAUUUACUGGGAAUUUUACAUCGGUUGCAACUCAAUGCCUUCAGAAAUUACCCUCUUCAAGCAGCAAAUUUACCUACAAUUGUGAUGGUCAUACUUUCAAUUAUCUCGUCGACAAUGGAUUCACUUACUGUGUUGUUGCAGUUGAGUCUGCGGGUAGGCAGAUUCCGAUUGCUUUUCUCGAGAAAGUCAAGGAUGAAUUUUCGAAGAAAUAUGGUGGGGGUAAAGCUGCAACGGUUGCUGCCAAAGGCCUAAACAAAGAAUUCGGGCCUAAGUUGAAGGAGCAGAUGCAGUACUGUGUGGAUCACCCAGAAGAGAUUAACAAGCUUGCGAAAGUGAAAGCCCAGGUGUCAGAAGUUAAAGGAGUAAUGAUGGAAAAUAUUGAGAAGGUUCUUGACAGAGGUGAAAAAAUUGAGCUCUUGGUGGACAAAACAGAGAACCUUCGUUCUCAGGCACAAGAUUUCAGGACUCAGGGUACAAAAAUAAGGAGAAAGAUGUGGUGGGAGAACAUGAAGAUAAAGCUGAUAGUUUUAGCUAUUGUUGUGGCAUUGAUUCUCAUCGUGAUCUUGUCCAUUUGCGGUGGCUUCAAGUGCACCCAUAAGUAAACCAGAUCUAUAGGCUUAUAUUCAAAUCAGAGUUAUCGUCAUCUAUAUUGUAUGAUGGAUUUUCAGACAGUUUUGUACAGUUGUGUACCGAAAUCCUUUUGACAAUAGUAGGAUAAUAUCCAAACUUGGUCCUAGAGAUGCUUUCUGCCUAUGUUGGCUGAUCUUAAUUUGAAACUUAGAUUGCUUUGUAUUAUCGUUGAUAUUUUGCAUUAGAACAUGAUAUACAUAGAAAUAUAGACUGCGAUCUAUAUUGACCUGUUUC